AUGAACCGACUCAAAGGAUACCAACACCCAAAUGAUAUUGAAGGAGGAAAUACCCCACCUUUUCAACGGUUUGAAGAAGCACCCCGUAGAAGCUUGCUCUAUAGACAAUUGUUUGGUGGUUCACGAUUUGCUUCAUUUACAUAUUUAACUGCCAUUGCCAUGAUUGCUACUUUUGUUUAUGAACUUAUCAGAAACACUCAAUUGACAGGCAGUGCCAUCCAGACAUCUCCCUUUAACCCUAUGGUGGGUCCCAAUUACAUGGCCUUGGUCAAUAUGGGAAGUAAAUUUGAUCCUUGCAUGCGAUCUAUCCCAUCUUACUCUGCUUCUACUUCAAUUAGCAAUUGUUAUGCUAGUACAGAAUCUACAUGCACCAUUGAAGAGUUGUGCGGCUUUGGUGGCUUCCAAGGUGGUACACCAAACCAAAGUUUUCGCUUCUUUACCAGUAUCUUUCUUCAUGCGGGUAUUGUUCACAUCUUGAUGAAUUUGAUUACACACUUUUCGCUUGGUAGUGAUAUUGAACGUAUCUUGGGCAGUAUUCGUUAUGCCAUCUUGUAUCUUGGCUCUGGUGUUUUUGGCUUUGUUCUUAGUGCAUUACUGGCUGGUCCUACUGUGUCUUCAAUGGGCUGUUCAGGCGCACUUUUUGGUAUUGUUGGAUUUACUGUAGUCGAUUUACUUUUCCGUUGGAGAGAAACAAAGCGACCUGGGCGUGAAUUAGCCCAAUUACUGUUUGUGGUCGUGGUCUCUUUGGUCUUGGGUUUACUUCCAGGCCUUGAUAAUUUUGCACACAUUGGUGGGCUCGUGAUGGGCUUAUUGCUUGGGACUUUGCUUUCUUCUAUUCGGUCUACUGCUUCUGCUCGUGCAAAGAUGAUAACAUGGAUCUGUAAAGUGAUCUCACUCGUCCUUAUUGUUGUCUUGUUUAUUGUUGUCUUGCAAGCAUUUUAUCAAGCCAGUGACUUAUCUGCUGUAUGCCCUGGUUGUAAAUACCUUUCUUGUUUACCUGUCAAUGGCUGGUGUGAUGUAUAA